CUGGCAUUUAACUACCUGGUAGGAUAAGCAGCAGUGCUCUGGGUACUACAGGACCAAGAAUGAAGAGCUGGUGUUAGAGUGGCCCUCGAUUUUGACCUGUGAAAAGCUUUGUGUUCCCCCCCCCCCCCCCCGUUUUUUUUAAUGCACUUAUUUAUAGCCAUUGGGAAUGAGUUUUACUGUAAGUGGAUAUUAAAAAUUACUCUUAAUUUACAAAAAAAAUAUCACGUAAUUAAGACCUGCGUGAACGUCCCCUCAGUGGCCUGAGAUGACCCCAGGACCCUCUUACUGUAUGAGAAUGACUUUAUUGUCCGUACUGCUGCUGUAGCGUUAACUGAGUGCAUGCAAUAGCACACAGUGGCGGGUGGGAGGCGCUGUAGGGCUUGUGUGAACAACACAAAGUGAAAGGGGAGGAGCAGCAUCGGGAGAAAAGUGGCCACACGGUGAGCCAGCCCCGUCCAAGCAGUCGCUUACAUCUCAGAUCCGCCGCCGCGCAGGGAGCACUGAGAGACGCGUCUGCCAAGUCCUGUCUAGCACACUUGGUGACGUGAAGAGAGCAGCAAAGACAGGUUACUUACCGAGCAGCCCACAGCCGCUACCGGCGCACAGUGUUGUUCCUUCUGCUGUAAAAUGCAACAGCAGUCUUUGCGGGAUAAAGACAGCAUUCAUACAUAAGCAGCGUCGUAGCGAAACAAGGACAAACGCCGGGGGACAGGAGCUGCAAGCGAACGGGGAGGCCUAUCCCCGUUAUUCCUUCUGAGAGGAAGAGGAAGUGAUGUCACGCCACCACCACCGCUUUGAGAGGGACUACCGGGGACCCUGGGAGCGGAGAGACAUCCGUCCUUCUGGCCUCCACAAUGGAGGAGCCAAUCAUAGCUGUGCCUCUGCCGUUGUCAAUGGCAACAACCGUCCGGGGCUCCUUCCCCUCCCUGUCAUCCCCUCCCUCCUGCCCACCCCGGUUACAGUUGCCGUGACAACAUCGAGUAGCGACAUCGCGGUCAAGCGAGGCAUUACGGCAGCAGGAUCAGUGGCUUCCACAUCUGCCAAGUCUAAUAGAUUGGACACAGCCGCCCCGUGGUUCGGCUCCAGCAUUCAGCACCACUAUGACGGAAGCCCAGAACAAAUCCACUUCACAUUUAGGUGUCAGCGCGUUGUCAUGGAAAAAAGAUACCUCUAUACAGUCUCCGGUCUGUCUCCUGGAGACAGCCAGAGCCCAGGACUGCUGCUGGCUCCGGGGGUGAGGUGGGGACAGACGCCCAUCAACCAGCUCACACCCUGGGAUACAGAUGAGCCCCCUGCCAAGCAACAUCGAGACAGCGAGCCCACUGGUCCUUCCUGGGCUGGACCAGUAGCAGCAGUGAGCCAGCCCAGCCUCCUGCCCCACACCUAUGCCCUGGCCCAGCCGCCCUCCUUCAGCCACAGCGUGACUGCACAGUCACCCAUCAUAGGAGUAACCCCAUCUAUCCAGGCACCAGUACCCCCGCAACACCCUCUCAUGCCUGCCCACUUCCAGCUGACGCCACAGUCCACUCAGCAGCCGCCCUCUAUGGUGCUGAGCAUGCCCGGCCAGCCUCUGUACCCCUCCGUACCGUCUGCUCUCGCUGCCCAAGCCAACCACGUGGUUCAUCCAAACCCUCACAGUGUGAUGGGCAACGGCCACUUAACCUCUCACCCCGGCCUCAUCCAGCACCCCGCCUUGCCUCUAACCAAUGGACAGGCAGCAGCAGCGCAUGCCCAGCCCACAGCGGGAGACAAUCAGGACAGUCCUAACGGGGUGCAAAUGCUGCGCACAGUCGGGAUGGGGAAGUACGAGUUCAGUGACCCAGGACACCCUAAAGAGAUGUUGAAGGAGUUGAACCAACAGCGCAGAGCGAAAGAGUUUACAGACCUGAAAAUUAUUGUUGAAGGCAAAGAGUUUGAAGUCCACCAAAAUGUUCUAGCUUCCUGCAGCUUGUAUUUCAAGGACCUGGUGAAAAGGUCAUCGGGGGAGACGAGAAGUGGGGAGACGUUGGAGCUGAACAUGAGCAACAUCAGUGCCGACGUGCUGGAGCUGCUGCUAGAGUUCGUCUACACGGGAUCCCUGGUCAUCGACUCUGCCAACGCCAAGACGCUGCUGGAGGCUGCCAACAAGUUCCAGUUCAACACCUUCUGUAAAGUCUGUGUCUCCUUCCUAGAAAAGCAGUUGACUGCAGCUAAUUGUCUGGGAGUGCUGGCGAUGGCUGAAGCCAUGACUUGCACGGAGCUCCAUAACAUGGCCAAAGCUUUUGCACUGCAGAACUUCCCGGAGGUGGCAGGACAGGAGGAGAUUUUGAGCGUGUCUAAGGAGGAUCUGGUGGCCUACCUGUCCAACGACAGCCUCAACACCAAGGCUGAGGAGCUGGUCUACGAGACGGUCAUCAAGUGGAUCAAACGAGACCCCAACUCCAGAGUGCAGACUCUGUCAGAUCUGCUGGCGGCGGUGCGUCUCCCCUUCAUCCACCCGUCAUACCUGCUGAACGUUGUGGACAACGAGGAGCUGAUCAAAUCGUCGGAGGCAUGUCGUGAUCUGGUCAACGAGGCCAAGCGCUAUCACAUGCUGCCCCACGCACGGCAAGAGAUGCAGACGCCCAGGACUCGGCCGCGGCUGUCUGCCGGUGUAGCGGAGGUGAUAGUUCUGGUGGGAGGGCGUCAGGCGAUCGGGAUGAACCAGCGCUCCCUGACAGCAGUCACCUGUUUUAACCCCCAGAGCAGUAAGUGGUACCCACUGGCCAGCCUGCCCUUCUACGACCGCGAGUUCUUCAGUGUCAUCUCAGCAGGAGACAACAUCUACCUGUCAGGGGGCACAGAGUCUGGUGUGAUGGUGGCUGAUGUAUGGUGCUACAUGUCCCUGCUGGACAACUGGAAUCUGGUGUCUCGGAUGACCGUGGCCCGCUGCAGACACAACAGCCUGGUAUACGACGGCAAACUUUACAACAUCGGAGGGCUGGGCGUAUCAGGGAACCUGGAUCACGUGGAGAGGUACGACACUGUCACCAACCAGUGGGAGACAGUUUCUCCUCUUCCUAAGCCGGUCCAUUCUGCGGCAGCCACGGUGUGCGGAGGAAAGGUCUACGUUUUCGGAGGUGUGAACGAGGCCGGGCGCUCGGCGGGAGUCCUCCAGUCUUACGUACCGCAGAGCAACACCUGGAGCUUCAUUGAAUCACCCAUGAUAGAUAACAAAUAUGCCCCUGCAGUGAGUCUAAACGGCUUUAUAUUCAUCCUGGGAGGAGCCUACGCUCGUGCCACCACUAUCUAUGAUCCAGACAAAGGCAACAUCAAGGCUGGUCCCAACAUGAAUCACUCUCGGCAGUUCUGCAGCGCUGUGAUCCUGGACGGGAAGAUCUACGCCACAGGAGGCAUCGUGAGCAGCGAGGGUCCAGCCCUCGGCAACAUGGAGACCUUCGACCCUUGCACCAACACUUGGACGCUCCUGCAGUCACUGCCCUGCCCGCUCUUCAGACACGGCUGUGUGGUCAUCAAGAAGUACAUUCAGAGCGGCUGAGGACUCGGACCCGAUCACACUGGGUCUACGGCAAACACCAGCUGAGCUCAGGUUGUGGGACGACGUGCGGCGGCAGCUUAGGGCCGGAGCCAGUCGGUCAACCUCUGGACUUGACGCCAGCAUCCAUCUACUCUGUUACUUGUCCCACCUCCCAAAAAACGCCCUGUGCAGAAUGUACUCAUGUUCAACUACUCAGCCAUACCAGGUGACGAUGCCUAACCUCCAGUACUGUAUGUGUCAUGGUAGUAGUUCAUCCUCUCAUCCAACAGGCACAGGGACCCUCUUAGUAAAUUACAAACUCCUUGUUUUUUGAUAAAGUUGGUUCAGUUCUGUUCAAGAUCUCUGUGAACUCACCACCGCCAUCUUUCUUUACUUUACUCGGACUCAGCACAGUGAAAGCCAUUGCCAGUCCAGAUUUCUGUCCUCUGUUCGACAGGUGUCAGUUUUACUUUCUCUCAUUAGAGAGCAGAGUUUCUUUGUGGUGUAAGAAUGUUUUUCAGUAGUGACAUCUACAGGACAGGAGGAAACGUGAAGGAAUCGACUGACCGUUUGCCUCUUUAUCAGUGCAUGCGACGAGUUUCUUCUCUCUCCACUGUGUGUCGGGAAGCGGAGUUCUUACUGCGAGUGUGGAUUCAUGAGGUCAUUUUGAACUCUGUGCAACCCGGUUCUUUUAAUGACUCGCAAAACAUAGGAAAAAAACAUCAAAUCUGGGUCAGGUAGGGUUGAAAAAGAGAACAUCUUUAUAUUUUCUUGGUUCUUGUGGAGUUGAUUGAGAUAUCAUCUGGAGGAUGAGUGGCCUGUUUCCCCACUCGAUUCACUCUCUUGCUCCCUGGGACAAAGACGGUACGACAUUAAGAGAGAAUUCCUCCUUCCGCUGACCUCUGAUCAGAUGAUGAUCCGGAAAAAAAGCACAAUAAUCACCUGUGACUGUUAUAGUUUUGUGUUGAUCCAUGUUUUAUGUCUUUCAUCAGUUUCCACCCACCUUCUUUUUGUUUUAUACAACGCGUCUCAUUGCAACCCUAAAAUGAUGUUGGGUUGGUAUUCUGUAAAUACAGGAAGGAAAAAUGUAUAUUUUAAAACCUGAAGGCAAUUCUGUAUAAAUGUUUUUAGAAAAGAAUAACUGAUAGGUUGGAUUCAAAAUGGUAUGUCUGUAAAUCUGUACCUAGAAAGGAGAAAUUAACAAUUGUUAUUAUUGAAACCUAAUACAUAUACCAGAACAUGAACACGUUGUCAAGACUUUUCUUUUGGUAUACUGUAUUAAUGAAUCAAGAGUAUUGUUAUUAUGUAAAG